AUGGCCAAGUUCGUGCUCGCGGGUAGCGCAGACUGCCCAUAUUAUGCUAAAGCAGAACUUCUGGCAGACUAUUUACACAUGAAUCUUCCUGAUUUUCGGGUACAUAAAAUUAUACAACAUCCUCAUGUUUGGGAGGAUUGGCUGAAAGAUCUGUGUGAAAAGAACAAGUGGAAUCACAAAAAUUCCCCCAUCAUCUGGAGAGAGCUGUUGGAUCGUGGUGGAAAGGGUUUGCUUUUGGGAGGAUACAAUGAAUUCCUGGAGCAUGCCCAGCUCUACUAUAGUGUCACCUCUGGCAUGACGACUGAGCUGAUGAAAAAAAUUGCUAAAGAGAACCUUGUAACGUAUAAAGAACUAGAGCUGGAGAAAGAAGCCCUGAAAUGUCUUGUCAGCCCCUUGCGGGUCUGGAUCACCAGUGCAUCUACCCCUGCCUGCUACAACCUAAUUCCCAUCUUAACAAGCGGUGACGUGUUUGGGAUGGAUACGGAAAUUAGCAUAACUCUAUUGGACAAUAAGCAGGCGGAAGAAGAUCUCAACAUCCUUAUGACAGAGAUGAGGAACCUGGUGUCACCCCUCCUCCAGAGUGUCACCAUCUGCACCCAAGUGGAGGAAGCCUUCCACCAGGCUCAUGUGGUCAUCAUUCUGGAAGACAGCAUUGACAAGGAGAUGUAUACUUUAGAAGACUACAUCCGAAGCAGGGUUCCUCUGUGCAGGCUCUAUGGAUACCUGAUUGAGAAGAAUGCUCAUGAGUCUGUCAGAGUUAUUGUAGGAGGAAAGUCCUUUGUGAAUCUUAAGGCAGUUCUGCUUAUAAGAUAUGCCCCCACCUUGGCACACAACAUUGUCGCUGUGGCACUGGGAGUGGAAGGUGAAGCCAAAGCUGUGCUGGCCAGAAAACUAAAAACAGCACCCACAUGCAUCAAAGAUGUGAUAAUUUGGGGUAAUAUUAGUGGAAAUAACUAUGUUGAUCUGAGAAAAGCCAGGAUUUACAGAUAUGAAAGUGCCAUUUGGGGACCUCCCCACUAUUCACGCCCUAUUUUAAGCUUGAUUUUUGAUAGUGAAUGGGUAAACAGGGAAUUUGUGGCAAAUCUGAAAGAACUGACCAGCACGGGAAGACAGUUUGGAGGCAUCUUAGCUGCACAUAGUAUAAGCACUACCCUGAAAUACUGGUACCACGGCUCACCUCCUGGGGAGAUUGUGUCCUUAGGAGUCUUCAGCGAAGGUCAGUUUGGUAUUCCUGAAGGGAUCGUCUUUUCUAUGCCUGUGAAAUUUGAGAAUGGAACCUGGGUGGUUCGUACAGAUCUUGAAGACAUUAAAAUAAAUGAACAAAAAAUGACUGGAAUGACAAGUGACCUGAUUCAGGAGAAACUCAUUGCACUUGGAGAGAUGACAGAUUUUCAGGCCUAUCAAUCAGGUAAUCUCUCAGAUGUGAUGUUUUAA